AUGAUAGGCCCCCUCCUCUUCACUCGCUAUAUCGCUCCAAUCCAGGACAUCAUCCGUGCCUAUAACAUGGAAUCCAUGUUUUACGGAGAUGAUACCCAAAUUUACAACAUUUUCAAUUCUGAUGAGAGAGACACUGCCAUUGCCAGACUCAACAACUGUCUCUCGGAUAUCCGAGCGUGGUCUGCAAACAACAAUCCGACUAUGAAUGACGAGAAAACAGAGGUAACACAUUUCACCACAAAGUUCUAUUCGAGGUGUUGUCCAGAUAUCAACAUUCACGUAGGAGGGGAAGAGAUACCCAGUAGAGCAGUUGCCCGAAACCUCGGGGCCAUGAUUGAUGAAUAUUUUACCAUAAAGGCCCAUGUAAAUAGAAUGUGCAGUUCAGCUAUGGCAGCCCUUCGGAAGAUAGGAGGCAUUCGUUACAAUCUUGAUCAGCGUACUGCAGAAAUGCUUGUGCAUGCAUUUGUGACUUCGACGCUGGACUCAUCCAAUGCACUGCUUGGAAAUUUACCCGACUCAGAGAUAAAUAAACUUCAGCGAGUUCAGAAUAUUGUCACAAGGAUAGUCAAUAGCGAUUUCUCAGAAGCUAUCUUAUGGUACAACUUCUCCCUGAGUCUAUUAACAGAGAAUGCAGAGAUGGAAAAACCAAACAUUGCUAAACUGCAGCGCAACAGAGCAUCUUCUUACAUCAACCUGCGACAAUAUCAAAAGGCUGAAGAAGCUAUGAGAGAAGCUGAAAGAAAUGACCCUAGCAACCUGUACACCUACUUCCUUUGGUUUAAGGUUGCUAUAUACAAUGAAGAUAACAAUGGUGCUGUAGCAGCUCUGCAGAAGUUGGGAUCUGUUGCAUCAGAGUUGAAGGCUGGCUCUUAUAAUGAGGAAAACAUAGAGGAAAUACACAGUCUCAUCUCUUUGGCAGCACAACUAGCAUUUGAGUGGAGUAAUCGCAAGGUUGCCAUAUCUGCUCUGGAGAGCCUAGUGAAGUAUUCUUCUGAUAUACAACAGAUCCUUACAUGUUACAGAUGCCUAACAAGAUUGAGGUUAACAAUAUCUGGAGAGAAGUCAGAUCCAAUAUUGGAAGCAGAUGAAGUAGCUACAUACUUAGAGUCAGGUUUGCUACCUUUACAUAUUAACUUGUUAUGAGUGUUUUUUUUUAAAUGAAAUUGAUAGUUGAAAUGUUUUAGCAGUUUUUUCGGGCAUGAUAAGGAAUUAAUUUUAAUUUUUUAAUUUCAGUCAAUGUUUAUCUUAUAUUUUCUUUUGAAUACUUUUCUUAACCUAUGUCAUACUCAUUUUUAUUUUUUGAGGCAUUUCUAAAUAGUAUCUUUUUACAUGUACACUUUUUUAUACUUUUAAUCAACUUAAGGAAAAGAACACAACAUUUUAUUAAACGGAAUAUGUUCCUAGGUUCACACAUCAUCAUCAGCCUAAAAUAAGAGUCACUGGUAUUUGGGAUCUCAAGGUAAUUUCAAGAAUGUAAUUUCAAAAUACAACGGUAUGUGGAACAGGGUGAAUUUAAAAAAAGAGUGAAAGUAAAAAUUAUGUCAGUGAUAGGUAAGUUUGGAUGGGUAGAUUAAACAGAAAGCAUUAUUUGAUAAUUGUACACCUGUUGGUGGAGUUGGGGCUUUCUUCAUUUGAUGAAAAGCCCUCAUUUGAUUUUAAGCUGAAAGUCUAUUUGGGCAGUAUCGAGAAUUUUUAAACAAUGAAUAUUGGAAUCUGACAGGCAUUUGGGUGACGAUUAUAAGUGUUUCCAAACAUAGGAGUUUUUAUUCUUCCCCAGGUGUUCAUGUACUCGUGUCAUAAAGUGACGCUUGGUUUGACCAAUAUAGCAAGCAUUACAUCUCGCAUAUGUAAAUAGGUACAUAUAUGACACAAGCACGGAGCUCCUGGGGCCGUAUUCUGAAAAUUGUCUUUGAUAAAUAUUCUUGCAUCUUUAGAGUUACAAUAAAAUCAGUAUUCU